AUGAUGGUGAGGUUCGAGGACAUCAUGGUGAAGAAGGAGACAUGUGUCAAGCGCAAUGACGUGAAGGAGAAAAAGGAAAAGAAGGCCAAGAGCCCCCGCACCCACUCCCCACUCCCCACUCGCCCUCCCCCACGUUCACUCCCCUCUCCCCUCGAUCUGGAUCGGGGAGGGCUCGACCCCGCCGCCGCUGCCUCACCUCGCCCCCAAAUCGCCCCCAUCGCCGCGACGACCGCGUCGCCCGUCGCCACCACCACCUCGCUGAAGCCCCUCGCCUCCUCACCUCCUCGUCGUCCCGAGCCGAGGCCGCCGUUCCGGCGCCGCGCCCUCGACCCCGUCACCCCGCCGCACUCGACGCCGGCGACCGGAACGCCGCCCCUUCCUCGUCCCCCUCUCCGAGCCCGCUGCCCAGACCCCACGAACGCCGGUGAGGCCCCCGGCCUCUUCUCUCCCCUCGUCCCUGUACGCGCUCGCACGCCCCUGACCAUCGCCUGUACGCGCACCGACCGCGCUCACCGCGGCCUCGCCUCGCCCGGCGUGCCGUCGCGUGCGCCCACAGCCGCCCGCCCGCGGUGGCCUCGCACGCCGUCCAUUCGCCCUGCACCCUCGCCCCCGCACGCGCCCGUGGCCGCGCGUGGCCGCCGCUGCCCGUCCCCUGCUGCGGCUCUGCUCCGGCCAAGCCGCCGCACGCUGUCGCUCGCCCCCCGCCUCCGCCUGCCGCGGCCGGCCGGCGAGCCUCGCCCCGCCAUGCCGGGCUACGCCCUCUGCUGGCGCUGGCGCCCACGCGCCCUGCGCCCGUUACCCACUAGCACCCGCCCCGCGGUGGCCCUCUGGGCCACUGACUAA